CCAGAGCCAGGCCGGGUUGCCAAGCAACCGGUAAACGCCGCCGUUUGAGGAGCACUGGAGCCGGGACCGUGGAUUGGGCGCUUUCCCAGAGACCCAGAAGCAGGAGGAGCGGACCCAGGCAGCCGGCACCAUGGAGAUUGUGUACGUGUACGUCAAGAAGCGCAGCGAGUUCGGGAAGCAGUGCAAUUUCUCUGACCGCCAGGCCGAGCUGAACAUCGACAUCAUGCCCAACCCUGAGCUGGCCGAGCAGUUCGUGGAGCGGAAUCCAGUGGACACCGGCAUCCAGUGUUCGGUCAGCAUGUCGGAACACGAGGCCAACACGGAGCGGUUUGAGAUGGAGACCCGGGGAGUUAACCAUGUCGAGGGGGGCUGGCCCAAGGACGUGAACCCCCUGGAGCUGGAGCAGACCAUCCGUUUCCGGAAGAAGGUGGAGAAAGAUGAGAACUACGUGAACGCCAUCAUGCAGCUCGGCUCUAUCAUGGAGCACUGCAUCAAGCAGAACAACGCCAUUGACAUCUAUGAAGAGUAUUUCAACGACGAGGAGGCCGUGGAAGUGAUGGAGGAGGCCCCUUCAGCUAAAACCAUCAAUGUUUUCAGGGACCCCCAGGAAAUCAAGAGGGCUGCCACGCACCUCUCCUGGCACCCCGAUGGCAACAGGAAGUUGGCAGUGGCAUACUCCUGCUUGGAUUUUCAGCGGGCGCCUGUGGGCAUGAGCAGUGAUUCAUACAUCUGGGACCUGGAAAACCCCAACAAGCCUGAACUUGCUCUGAAGCCAUCAUCUCCACUUGUUACCUUGGAGUUCAACCCCAAAGAUUCCCACGUGCUCCUGGGUGGCUGCUACAAUGGACAGAUAGCUGACCAAUUGCAGACACGGGUGAGGCAGGUUCAGCUGACACCUCAGCAGUGUCUCCUGUUACUACUGUACCACAUGGCUUACCUCACUGAUGCCGCGUGGAGCCCCGUGAGGCCGGCCGUUUUCUUUACCACCAAGAUGGACGGAACCCUGGACAUCUGGGACUUUGUGUUCAAGCAGUGCGACCCCGCCCUCAGCCUGAAGGUGUGUGACGAGGCCCUCUUCUGCCUCCGGGUGCAGGACAAUGGAUGUCUCAUCGCCUGCGGCUCCCAGCUGGGGACAACCACCCUGCUGGAGGUCUCGCCUGGGCUCUCUACCCUCCAGAGGAAUGAGAAGAACGUAGCCUCUUCCAUGUUUGAGCGUGAGACCCGGCGAGAGAAGAUCCUGGAGGCCAGGCACCGGGAGAUGCGGCUGAAGGAGAAGGGCAAGGCGGAGGGCAGGGACGAGGAGCAGACGGACGAGGAUCUGGCCAUAGACCUGGAGGCGCUGGUCAGCAAGGCUGAGGAGGAGUUCUUCAACAUCAUCUUCGCAGAGCUGAAGAAGAAGGAGGCAGACGCCAUAAAGCUGAUGCCAAUGCCUCAGCAACCAAGUCUAGAGGAAGACCAGGCAGUGGAGGAUGGAGAGGAAGCAGCGGGGGAAGGAAAGAGUAAAGAAGUGGAAGAAGACUUAGCCUAGAAAUCAGCCUUCGACUACAGCGCUGUCCCUAAUGCCUUCCUUUCCCACCUCUUGGUAUUGCCCUGCUCUCACAAGUGGGGGGCUGAGCUCCCCCUUAAAGCAGCACUGGGUGGUGGGUGGGGAGCAUCGGGCCCUGACUCCCACCCCUACAAAUCACUAGCAGCCCCCACUGACUCACUGGGCACUG